CGCGCUCCCUUCAAAGAAGGACCCCUUUCCCGGCCCAAGAUGGCGAUGCUGGCGGAACCACGUCGCAAACAGAAAUGGUCUGUGGAUCCCCGAAAUAGCGCUUGGAGUAAAGAUGAAUCAAAAUUUGGCCAGAAGAUGUUGGAGAAGAUGGGCUGGUCAAAAGGCAAGGGGCUUGGGGCUCAAGAACAAGGGAGCACGGAGCACAUCAAAGUCCAGGUGAAGAACAACAAUCUUGGCCUAGGAGCAUCUGUCAACCAUGAGGACAACUGGAUUGCCCAUCAGGAUGACUUCAACCAGCUUCUGGCAGACCUGAAUAAUUAUCACGGACAAGAUGGUGCAGAUCCUGUAUCUGGGGAACAAAAGAAAACAUUUAAUCUUGAAGAGAAGUCCAAGAUCUCCCGGAAACGAGUUCAUUAUGUGAAAUUUGCCAAAGGAAAAGAUCUCUCUUCCCGCAGUGAAGAUGACUUGUCCUGCAUUUUUGGGAAACGCCAGAAAAGCAAGAAAAUGCUGGCUGAUGCUGUUGAUGCCAACUCUCUAGAGGAGGACCCAAAAGUGGGAAAUGACCCACCUGAGCCAGUAGACACCAGCAAUACUGUGACUAGUGCCCUUACAGUGCAGGAGUAUUUUGCUAAGCGCAUGGCAAAACUGAAGAGAGCCCACAAAGGGGCUGACGUGUCACCUGAUCCGCCUCCAGUGGUGGCUGAGGAGUGGGAGCAUUUGGGAUCUCAAUCGAAGAAGAAGAAAAAGAGCCACAAGCAUUUGGAGCCUGAGAAUAAGGGCGGCCAGGAAAAACCAAAGCUGAAAAGUCCCAGGAUGCUUGACUCGGGUGGAGAAGAAGUGGGUGAGCUGGACAGAGAGAAAUCGAAGAAGAAAUCUAAGCUCCUGGGUGUUGGGGCCAGUCUUACUGCCAAUGAAUCCCAACAAGAGAAUGGAUUGUGUUUCACUGGAACAUCCAGUGUGGAAAACAGUGACUCUGAAGUACCAAAACCAAAGAAGAAGAACAAGAAAAAGCACAAAAAGCUAAAUAGAGAUGUAGGUGAGAAUGUUGAAGAGAACACCAAGAGAAAGAAGAAGAAGAAACACUCCAGUUGACACAGCUCUGGAGACUUUGGACACUACUAGUUGGAUUUUCUUUUGGUUGUGCCAACACAUUAGCCAGGUAUCCAAACGCAUCUUGAUUCAUGCAAGACUCUCUUGAUGAACUUUCCAAAGUAGUGUUGGAACUGCUUUUAAGGCAGCCGUUGAUUCUUUGCACUUUCUCAUCAUUGCAGUUCCAGAUCCGUUAUUGUAACUUGAAGAAAAGCAAUAUUGGGGAAGUGAUGCGGAUGUUAGAAGCAGCGUUCCAUUUUGUUCAAAACAGUUUCUGUUAAUGAAGUUUUCCAGUUUAGCUCAGGAUCCCUUCUUUAAUCCCUGCUCCCAUAAUACCCUAGGAUGGAUUCUGGGCCUUUACCUUACCAGGAAGGUCUUGGUGGGCCACUGACAGCCAGGAGGAGGCCGAGACAAGAGACCCUGCAGAGCUGCCAGCACUGGAGGGAGCCGUUUGGCUUGGCUUUUUCCAGGGCUGGUUUUAACAUCCCAGUCUGCCCUUAUUAAUAGCUACACUCUAGAUAGAAUUCAGUUUUUUAUUCCAAAAUUCCACUUCUUGAAGUCUUUGUGCAGUUGCCAUUGAGAAAAGGGAAAAGAGAUUCUUGCUUGCUCUCAUCUCACGUGUUGCAGGCCAGGCAAAAUGCUUCCCCAGCCAGUUGUAGCUUGCUAUUUCCAGCUGGGGGAGGCAUGGAAUGGUAUUUGUGGGGGGGGGGCAUUCUCUUGCAGCCAGUCCUGUUUAAAAUACCUGAAACUCCCAAUAUUUGGUAAUCUUGAGAAACUGCCCUUGAUCACUCCUUUAUCAGGCAUUUGGCUGUCUGGUAUAUCUUUGGUACCAUUUCACAAAUUCUCCCAUCUCAUCUGGAAAACAAAGCCUAUCUUAUGAGUAUAUGGUUUGAAGUAUACUGUUUAGCAUGAUUUUUUUUAGAGAAAGAUGCUAGAGCCAGGCUUUCGCACCAGAGCCAUAUUGAGGAACACUGUAAUUUCAUUCAAAUAUCUCAUGCUUCAAUGGCACACGACCACUGUACUUCACAGAAAGCUGGAGCCAGCAAGGUUCUGCUUUCAGGUGGUUACGAUGCACGUCAAGGGCCCUUGCAUCAGGUAUCCCUUACUAUGUUUUCUGUAUUUGAAUUACUUAUGUGCCCCUCCGAAUAAAAUAAGAAUCCUCUUUGCUACCUACAUGUGAACAUUUUUGCCUGGCCUUGUUUUUUUUGUGGUGCUGAGACCUUGAAUUGCUUGAACUGCUUGCAUUGAUAUUCCUCCAACAAGCCAUCCCAACAGUUUGGGAUUGGAGAGGGAAAAAUUAACUGAACUGAAUAAUAAAAACCAAGCGGCCUGUAGAGGGUCCAAUGAUCACAUGUUAAACAGAAAAAUGAGGAAAUUGAUAUGGAUUGUUGUUGUGGGUUUUCCGGGCUGUAUUGCCGUGGUCUUGGCAUUGUAGUUCCU